CAAACCAUAAUGGCGAAAUUCGUGAAGUGAAGCCUUGUGCGGAUGAUUUUGAACGCCGUUGCAAAUAAACUUGUUUAAUUUUAUUUUAACUAAUAACUUAAUUAUUGCAGUAUACAUUAAUAUUAACUCUUAGCACAAUGUCUCGUUCCGUACGCGCCGAAACUAGAAACCGUGUUAAAGAUGACAUCAAAAGAGUCAUGCAAGCUGUUGAAAAAGUUCGCCAUUGGGAAAAGAAAUGGGUGACAAUAGGAGAAACGACCAUGAAAAUAUAUAAAUGGGUGCCGAUAUCAACAAACGAGCAGAAGAAGAAGCACGCGGCCAAGCGCGAUAAUAAGGAAAACACGUUGACCCCCAAAAAGAUGCACGAUUCAUCCAACUCCAACUUCGGGAUGGCCGAAGAUUCUAACACAUGUUUUUCAACUGUGAGUGACUCCCAAGGCCCUACAGAGUUCAGCUCAACACACAUGAACUUCUCAGAGGACUCCAAUUCCCAAAGCAGUGGUACCACAACACCGGCGAAACGGUUAAAGACUGACUGAGGCAAGCUCAAGCAGUAAAAGCCUCACAGAGGCAAGGACUAUUGCAACUGGCUGGUAGAGUCUGGCUAGUCAAAGUUGAACUAAGCAAAUUCAGUCUGGCUUGCAUUUAUACCAAUUAAUUUACCAUAAAAUUGAUUUUGUUUGGUUCAACUUUUGUUAGUCAUACUCUAGUGAUGGCUAAGCAGUGCUAUUUGAUAUUAACAUUUACUUCUAUUGAUUUAAUGUCUGUGCUGUGAAUACUAUUUAUAUAAAUGCUGCCAUACAUGAUACUUGUAAGCAAGGUGAGCUUGCAGGCGACUCAGCAGCUUACUUUAAGUG